CGCGUCGAUCCACUGUUCCUCUUAUUUCUGCAUCAAACUUAUUUACGUUCAAACCACGUUACGUCAUCUCACUGAACACCCCGGAAGUCACGGACACGUUUGGUUCUUAAAGUCAAAACAUUUGGAGUUUCCCGAAGUUUACGGCGGCGCGUCCGGGUCUGACGUCCGCCGCUCCGUGCACCUGCCCCGGCCUCAGACAGCGGCGCUCCCCGGUCCUGCAGCCGCGGCACCGUGCUCCUCCCCGGGUCUCUCUCCGUGCGUCCCCGGGUUUCUCUCCGUGCGUCCCCGCGGUGCCAUGGCCCGUUACGCGGACAAAGUGGUGAUUGUGACCGGAGGAUCGAAAGGCAUCGGCCGCGGGAUCGUCACCGCGUUCGUGGAGAACGGAGCCAAAGUGGUGUUCUGCGCCAGAGGACGUGCGGCAGGUGAGGCUCUGGAGGCGGAGCUAAACCCCAAAGGACCAGGAUGUUGCAAGUUCCUGAGCUGCGACAUGAACAAAGAGGACGACAUUCAGAGGCUCGUCUCCUUCACCGUGGAGAACUUUGGACACAUCGACUGUCUGGUCAACAACGCAGGCUGGCAUCCUCCUCACAAACCCACAGACGACACGAGCGCUCAGGAGUUCAGAGACCUGCUCAACCUGAACCUCGUCAGCUACUUCCUCGCCUCCAAAUUUUCGUUGCCGUACCUGCGCCAGCGUCAGGGAAACAUCAUAAACGUGUCCAGCCUGGUCGUACAGUUGUUGGGGAGGAUGGGUUCUGAGGAGGAGUGUGGAGCUGCCGUCUUGUUUCUUGCGGCUGAUGCUUCGUUUUGCACCGGGAUCGAGCUCCUGCUGAGCGGAGGAGCAGAACUCAACUACGGCUUCAAGAACCAGACCUCCAGACCCAACGAACCGGGACCAGGACCAGGACCCGAGUGACCAGGACCAGGACUCGAGUGACCAGGACCAGGACCCGAGUGACCAGAAUCAAGACUCGAGUGAAGGGAGGGAAGGAUUGAUUAAACUUUACAGAUUCAAACGUGAUUAUGACGUCAUGAUUUGUUUUUUCAGUUUUCGAUUUUGUGUUUAAAUAAAAAAAAUAAAAAAAACAGAUAACAGACUGAACCAGGACUAAACCAGGACUAAACCAGAAGUGAACCAGGACUGAACCAGGACUAAACCAGGACUAAACCAGAAGUGAACCAGGACUAAACCAGAAGUGAACCAGGACUGAACCAGGACUAAACCGGGACUAAACCAGAAGUGAACCAGGACUGAACCAGGACUAAACCAGGACUAAACCAGAAGUGAACCAGGACUAAACCAGGACUAAACCAGAAGUGAACCAGGACUGAACCAGGACUAAACCGAGACUAAACCAAGACUGAACCAGGACUAAACCAGGACUAAACCGGGACUAAACCAGAAGUGAACCAGGACUAAACCAGGACUGAACCAGGUCUAAACCAGGACUAAACCGGGACUAAACCAGGACUCAACCAGGAGUAAACCAGGACUAAACCAGGACUGAACCAGGACUAAACCAGACUAAACCAGGACUAAACCAGGACUUAAACCAGGACUAAACCAGAACUAAACCAGGACUUAAACCAGGACUAAACCAGGACUAAACCAGAACUAAACCAGGACUUAAACCAGGACUAAACCAGGACUAAACCGGGACUAAACCAGGACUAAACCAGGACUAAACCAGGACUGAACCAGGACUGAACCAGGACUGAACCAGGUCUUAAACCAGGACUGAACCAGGACUGAACCAGGACUGAACCCAGACUGAAUUAGGACUAAAACAGGUCUAAACCAGGACCAGGACCCGAGUGAUCAUGAAAAGUGAAAUUGAACAAAUGUGAGAAGUGUUUUCUUCUGGUCUGAUUUUUUGGGAAAUAAUAGAAAAGUUCUGAGUCGAUACUGAAACCAAUCUGUGUGUCGUUCAUUUGUUUUUCAAAAUAAAACCAAAAAUAAGAAAAUGGAAAAAAAAUGA